AGAUGUUCGCUACUACAAUGAAUUUGUUGUUAGGAAAACUUCAUCCCCUUUUUCUCUCCUUAAGUUGUUCUCCUCCUCCUUCUUCUUCUCUUGAUUAUCAGCUAAGGGUGCGGUAUUUUUGUCUUUCCAUAGCCCAAAUUGACAAAUUUUCCUCACAACAAAGUCAUAGUAGUGAACAUCUGCUUCAGUCACAAGAAGCACUGAUUUCCACUUAUGUCAAGGUGCCAUUCUCAAUCUCUCACUGAAUGGAUAAUCAAAAGCGAAGGUUUUUUGAAAACAAGGAUGCAGCUGUGCUAUCCAACCAAAGCUUGUGUUGGGCUCGCUUGAAUGAAGGAGGGCUUGCAUUAGAAAUAGCUCAGCUUUGCAGCUUAAUUUGGCCUGAGUGGCCGAAGGCAUACUGUAGGCAGGGUGCAGCUCUGAUGUUGCUGAAAGAAACAUUAUUGGGAGAUAAAAAGUAGGUAAAUAAAUUUUAUUUAUGUAA